UAUGAAGGCCAAAGGUCACUAAUGAGAACCGGAUUAGGCAUAGGGGCAGGGAGCGGAAUCAUUGGCGAUGAAGUGCCGGAACGUGAUGUCCUUUACCGAAAAUUAGUGCUGAUUGUAGCCGGUCAUGAACCGGCUGUUUUGAAGAGCUACGAACAAUUUGUGAAGACCGUCUGUGAUGAAUUUUCCCUAAACUUGUUUGAACGACUUUCAUUGAAUAAAUCACCGUUCAUCUACAAAAAACAUCAGCGUCAGUAUGAGUUUCGUACUCAUUAUAAGUACUUCACCAUUAAAGAGAUUACUGGAUGCACUGCGGACGUCCUUCUGGAAUAUAUUCAACGCAAUUUGCCCGAAGGUGUCGCUAUGCAUACGAUUCGGGUGAGUCCCUGA